AUGCAACGUCAUGAUAUGACUUCAUCACCUACGUAUCGGGUUUAUAAGUACCCCUUCCCUCGGUCUUCCCUUCUAUCUUCAGAUCUUCUUCACAAAUUUCUUUCUUGGGUACUUCUCACUUCUGAUUCCAUGGAUGGAUCUUCAGCCCCCUCGUUCAAUGGCCCGCCCGCCGAGCCUUCUAACUCGUCGGUCAACGACCCAUACUACGCCGCCGGUAAAGCCGCUCCGUCGUACAAAGAUAUGAAUAUAGGUCGGCCGGUUUCAGGUACCCCAGAUCAACCUCAUAGGAGGGCUAUCGAUGGCGAAUCCGACAUGAAAGGACCGCCGACUUACAAAGAUGUAGCUCAACGCCUUGGGCAGUCAUUAAAAGCUCCGGCAGCAGAUGCCGGAAAAGUCAACCGUGAGCCUGUUGUUGAUACGAUUCAAGACGGCCAGAAGCCGUAUUCACUCGAAGAUAUCGCCGCUGCACACAAACACGUUUCCGCCAUUGCAGGUCCGUCGCCAUAUGAUCAGGAAGGUAAAAUGCCGUCGAACGGCGGUGUGCGACCGAUCAAUCACAGUUCCGGUGGUCAACAGGGUGGUUAUCAGUACAUGUCGGGUCCAAAGAGUUACAACGGCGACAACUUCGGGAAGUAUUGGUGA